CGAGCACGCGCACGCAGUGUGUCCGCUGGCUGUAACGCUCUGCAUCUUCGAGCGUCUCUGCACUGUGUCUGAGCUCGACACACACCUGCUCUCGAGACAUGCACCUGCCGCAUCACACAUUUAUACAUCCGUUCCUCAGACUGUAAACACGUUCCAAGGGUUGACCUCUGACCCCACCUCAGUGGGCAAAAGCUCGGAAGGAACAGCACGGCAUUAUGCGACUAGGAAGUGAAGAUAAAAUAAGUGAGAAUGUCAAGACAUCGGCUUAACGUUCAGUUCUGAAUCCUUUGCGAUCAAUUCUAAUUAAGAGAUUGAUUAUUUACCCGGCUGUUAGUUGUGUUAGCGACUAUGAGUGAGAGAUACCUUGGGACUCCAACAGACACCACCUAGAAGCUGUAUACAUUUCCCUUCACAUCCUGGUCCUCCAGGACUGGUGUCGUUGCUAAUGUAAUGCUUGUCAUGGCAAGCGUAACUGAUGCGGAGGGGUCGGCAAGCGACUGUACCAAGCCAAUAGUGAAACCGCUUCCAUUUCAGCCCUCUACAACCUCAACGAAUUCUCCUAGUCAUGGACACGACAGCACUUCUUGUCCUCCACCACCGCCUCCGCCUCUUCCUCCUCCACCCCAGACUCAACCGCAUGCUUCACGCAAGAAACGACGGGUGCGGAGCUUCUUCUGGAAAACCAUUCCAGAGGAGAAAGUUCGGGGGAAACCCAACAUUUGGACUCUAGCAGUGAGACAGCAGCAGUAUCAGAUUGACGUGAGGACGGUGGAGGAGCUCUUUGGGCAGCAAGAGGAGGUUCGAGCCCAGACAAGCGGUGGACAUCCUCGUCCCGGGAGAUGCAGAGGUUCAUUUAAGGAGAGCAAGGAUCAGAUCAGCAUCUUGGACUCCAAGAGAGGAAUGAACAUUGGGAUUUUCCUCAAACAGUUCAAGAAGUCCAAUCAUGCAAUAGUAGAAGAUAUUCGUCUGGGCAACAGUAAGCAAUAUGGAGCAGAACCGCUGAAAGAACUGCUCAAACUUCUACCAGAAGCACCUGAGGUGAAAAGACUGCGGGAAUUCAAAGGAGACCCAAAUAAGCUGACACUGGCUGAUUCCUUCAUGUUCCUGCUGAUUCAAUUGCCUUGCUAUGAAGUGCGUAUUGAGGCUAUGGUACUUCAGGAAGAGUUCCUCCCGUCCUGUGCGGUCAUGAGUCAUGAGAUUAACAUUGUGCGUCAGGCUACUGAAGAACUAAUGACUUGUGAAGAGCUCCAUGCCAUUCUACACUUGGUUCUCCAAGCGGGAAACAUCAUGAAUGCAGGUGGCUACGCAGGCAAUGCUGUGGGCUUCAAUCUGUCCUCGCUUCUCUCUCUGGCUGACACCAAGGCCAACAAGCCUGGCAUGAACCUGCUUCAUUUUGUGGCACUAGAAGCUCAGAAGAAGGAUGAGGCCCUUUUGAAGUUCCCAGAGAAGCUAACACAUGUUCAGAGUGCAGUCAGAAUUUCAGUAGAAAAUAUAGAAGCAGAGUUUUCCUCUCUCUAUGUAAAAACACGUUCCUUGGAGCAGAAGAUUCGGGAUGAUGAUGAGCUGCGACAGCAGCUAGAUCCAUUUUUGCAGAGCUCUACACAGGCCCUGCAGGACCUUAAACAUCGCAGGCUGGACUUGCGCAAGGAGGGUAAUGCCCUCAUUGACUUCUUCUGUGAAGACAAAGACACCUUCAAACUGGACGAGUGCUUUAGAAUUUUCCAAGAUUUCUGUCUAAAGUUCAAAAAAGCUGUAAAGGACAACCUGGACAGGGAACUGAAAGAGGAAGCUAGACAGCGGCGCUUACGGGAACUGGAAGAGAGAAGGUGUGCCUGGGGUGCAGCCAAUGCUGAGGCAGGUAGUAGUGAAGGUUUUGGUCGCAGCAGCAGUGAAAAUGAUGUUGACAUCCUAACCAAAGAAGGCCUUCUGGACUUCCUGCUUCAAUCAAGACCUCAAAGUCCACACAGUCCUUUGGGGCGCUCGGCUAGUGCCCGCCGUUACCAUCACACAGAGUUCAGCUCUCCGUCUGCAGCAAGUGACUAUACGAAAUUCAACAGCCUGCCACGUUCAGGCAGGAACCAUCAACGAAAUACAUUGGCAUGGCUUCUCUUACAGGAUGAUAAUAGGGAGCUGGGUCCACAAAGUCAGGUUUACCAUGAAAAGCUAGCUUCUUCACCAAAGGCUGAGACAGAACCCAUCAGUCCUUUAGCUAGAUACUCAAGCUUUGGCUACAACACGAACAAUGGUCCCUACAAUAAUAAUAAUAAUUACACUUCUCUCUCAGAAGGUGGAGUCACACCACGAAUAAGUAACACAAAGCACGGGAUACCUGGUCAAAGUGUUGGACACAUAAAUGUCUCAGUGGAGAAACACAAACUAGUUCCAGGUCUUCUACCCUUUGAUAUAACCAGCCAAAUCAAUAAUAACAGUCAUGUUUCUGUGGAUAACCAGUGUGAAGUGGUUGUAACAGAUUUGAGAAGGAAUGAAAACUCUCCCAAAUUAUUUGUCCUUGAUACGCCCCCAUCUAGUCAAAGUUCUGAGGAGGGACCUAAACCAGAGAAAUUAUGGAAUGACAAAAUUAUCUCAUCACAGAGAGAGGAAGCAGACUCGAGUACUUUUUCCUCAACAACUUGUGACACCCCGUUGCCUCUGGAUCCCACUGUUUCUAGUAGGAAAUCUGUGUUGUAUGUCAUGGACUGCACUGAGACGGAUUGCUCCAUUGUGUUGGACUGUUCCGAGAUUGAGAGUUCUCCUAACAUAAAAGAAAGAUCUGAACUUAACCCAAAGCCACAGGAAUCCAACCUUCCAAGAGUUAUUCAGGACACCGAUUCCCUUUCCUCCAAUUUUGAGUCCACCGAUCGUCACUUUGUGUCAACGUCAAUUGAUGAACAUCUCACGGGAAUGGUCAAUCAAGCAGGUCCAGAAUCUGUCAGUCCGUCUGUAACAGCUGAGGAAGGAGAGACAGAUAGCUGUGACACAGCUGAAGGGCGAAGAGUUGGCGAAAGAGCAUUUGGUAGACCCAAAACAAAACUUGUCAAAACCAAGAUUCCAUCCAAAGUAAUUGCUCAUGCAAGCCGCCCGACAAGAAACCUCACAGCAACUGAGACUCAGAACAUGCGCAAAGUGGUGCCAAUUACAAGACAGAAUCGAUCUAGUAGCAGCAUGAGGAAAGCCGAAAAACCUCCUGAAAAUAUUGAACCCAGACGUCCACUUCGUGACCAAAGCAUGCCAGCCAGAAGAGGCGAGAGGCAAGGUAGACCUACACGGCAUUCAAGUCUCCCUCCAGAGGAUCCCAGGGCACCAAGAGGAGUAACGCCAAGCACCUCUCUGUGGGCGAAGGACUCGGCUCAACACAGACCUCCCAUUAAGAAAACGAAUUCCAAAACUGUUCGAAACAUUUCAAAACCAGCACCAGAGGAAAAGAUGUGUCGUUCCACGAUGCGUGCCUUGGCCCAAGCUCAAGCCCAAGGAACCUCAGAAGGACAAGCACCUGACAGUCCUAGCAACACCCCGAAAAGUUCUUCGCCUUUGCCUAGCUUUGCUCGCAACACUGUAGCAUCUUCUUCCAGAACUAUAAAAGACUUGCCCUCACCUGCCGUAUCAGGAACACCAUCAAAGAGCGUAUCCAGGAGUAGCUCCCAGAGAUUGCCUGGUGGUAGAACGGACUCUGUCAGUAGUGGACCUUUGCCAAAGAGUGGGGAUCAACCUAUUAGGAGGGUUCAGAGUGUAAAGGCCUCCAGUCGAAUCAGUGAGACAACUCCUUCAGAGUCUGGACGAGGGCGUUCCCUUAAAAGUAGCAGUUUCUCAGAGAAAUCCAUGCAGAUUAGAGACUCCAUCUUGAGCAGGACCAACAAACCCACAUGGAAGUAGAGUGAACAUAUUACACAGUGGCUCUGUUAAACAAGGAUGAUCAACAUUUUCUGCAUAGAGUGAAGAGGCACAAUAGCCUCUUAAAUUAUUCUGAAUGUAUCUAAUGAAUUUUAAACGUAGCUGAAGUUGUGUCACUGGAUGCUCAGUCGAACAGAAAGUAUACUAUGGUGUUUAUGUGUACGAGAAGGUCUGCAUAGAGUGAGUGUCACACAAAUAUCUUCAACAGAAUAAGUAAGCACACCACCUGAUUUUUGUAACUGUGCGAACUUUACACACAGGUGACACACAUGCAUUGAAUUUAUUUUGCACUAAUCAGUUGUUCCACGAGGUGGAAGCACAGGCCCAAGCCAUUGCUUUACAGUAGAAAAUUAAACUAAAAAGACGAAACAACUACAAAAAAAAGACAGCCACAUUGACAAGCGCAUGCAUGAGGAGAGCAGUAACUUUAGUUUAACCUGUUAGCGUUCCAUGGUACACGGCGUGUUUUAGUCGAUUUCAGCUAAUUUUACAGGAAUGCUAAGGGGUCAAAAGAGUGCAUAAUAAUUUUAUUGCUAAUAACUUCUGGACGACAAGAAAGCUUUGACUCUUUCAUAAACCCCUCACACAUGCUUUUGUCAAUGCUUGUUGCAGUCUCUUUAGUUUAGUUUUCUGCUGUGAAACAAUGGCCCGGGCCAGUGCUGCCACCUUGUGGAACAACUGAUUAGUGCUAAACCAAUGCACAUGUGUGACCUGCAUGUGCUAAUGGAUGAAAGUUGUGUCACGCGCACUUUACCCUCGUGUACACUUAAAAUCAAAGUAUACUUGGCCUUAAGAAAGCAAAGUGGGCUCCAGAUGUUUAAGAAUCACGUGGGCUACUGUCACCAUUUGACAGCACAUUUAGUAGCACUUCCACAUCCACACGAGGAUGGUUUUCAUGGCCUUGUCUUACAUAUGCUUGAUAUAUUUUCAGCUGUCACAGAAAACACAUCAAUCACAAAUUGUAAUUAGUGUUAGAUUAACCAUAUAUAUUAUCACCUCUAUUAACUUAUUAGAUUUUCUUAGCUGUUCUCACAAAUUGCUGUAAAUAGAAGACAAUUUGUCAUAUAUCCAUAUGCUUGCUUUGCAAUUUUAUAUAAUGUGUAGUAAAUGUAACAUUUCCAUUAAAACAGCUUAAUGAGCACUUAAAGAUUCAUCCACAUUUCACUCCAAUGUUUUCUGUGUAUGAUGACAAAUCAAGCUGAAGACUGUUUGAAAAAUGUCUAUGAAUGUUAUCCAAAUACACCUUAGUGUAGCUGAUGCAAUGAGUAUUACAGCUACAGUAUAGUAGUUAGAAGAUGCCUCUCCAGUCACAGUGAUGUUUUUGGAAAUGUUAAAAAUCGUUGCUUGUUUUCAAAUUGCCUUUUCAUGCAGGGUACAUGCGGCUGUACACUGUCUUGCUGCUGAUGACACUAUAUUUGUCACUUCUCUGUGAAUAUACUGCUGGCGCUUUCUUUUUAAAGCCAUACUGUUAACCGAGAGUGGCAAAACCUGGUGCUAGAGGAAAGGCUAGUUUAGCCCAAACUUUUGAGAAAGCACAGACACUGUAUGCAUCAAAUAUUCUCACAGUAUCUGUUUGACAGAUAGUCGACAAAAGUAUGUGUUGCUCAAAACUAACAAAUCAGUGUUAGAAUAAGUGGCAACACUUUACAAUAAGGUUCUAAACAUUAAUGCAGUAGAUAACAUGAAAUAAAAAUUAACUAGGGAUGCAAGAUAUUAUCAGAAAUUUAUUGAAAUCAGCCGAUAAUGACUUAAAAUAUGAAAAAUUAUGCGGAUACACUUUGCUAAUAAGACGAGUAAGUUGCAUGUUCUCAGGGUGUGACCGUGAUAAGAUCAUGUCAGCAGUGUGGUUAUGAUUAAAUAAAGCAGUAAUUAGUCAUAAAAUCACAAGAAUGGUUUGAUUUAAAGCUCAAAAGGUAAAGCUUAUACAAAUAAAAAUCACA